GGAGAAAACAAUGUCACGUGACGGAUGCAGUGUGGGUACGUACGAACGCGGAAAUGAAAAACAAAAACAAGCUGUUGGAAUAACAGCAGUUGGCAGGUGAAAAUCUACAGUGUGAAAUGGCAACAAAAAUAAUAACAGAUUAUUUACAAGUUAAUAAUGAAUAUCGGGCAAAUCUUCCCUCGGACCUCAGUGACUCAGCAGCGGGAGUGAAGCUAACUAACUGAGCGCAUUAAACUAGGAAUUCCCCUGGACUGGUUCUGCUAGUAACUCUUCCUUUCGGUUUCACUUCAGCAUAAAGAGAGUUAAAGCUGCUUCAGUCUUCCAGUUUGAGGGUGAAGAAUGGCUGAGGAGCACAUUCAGGCGAAGCUUAUUGCAAUACUCAAAGAGGAAAAAAUUCAGCUCUGGACUCCCCCUUUUACUACAGAAACUAAUGAAGCUGGUCAUGAACACAUCCAGGAGCUUGCUGUUAGAUAUUCCCAAGUGGUGGGAUUCUCCCAGCCUAAAGUGGAGAUUGCUCUGGAAGACAUAAGGUCACGUGCUGUCAAAAAAGGGAAAGGAAACAAAACCUACAGGGAAACAAAUGUUGCAACCCUGGAGCUCCUUUUACCAAAGGGUAAUAAAAGGAAACACUACUUCGAAACAAAACUGGAUAUUACCACUCAGGAUCUGAUGAAUAAGAUCAAAGAGGAAUUUGAACUCAAAUAUAUAAAGUUGAUUUUGAAUGGAAAAACUCUGUCUCCAGAUAAACGACUCGAUGAACAGAAUGUAAAGAACAACAGUAAAAUCAUGGUACUGAGGGCAAGUGAACCAGAAGGGAAGAAAGCAAUGAUGGAGGCAGAGGAUAAGAAGCGGUCUCACGAUGAAAGUUUGCAAAGAACUCAAAAAGGUUUCCAGAUCCUCUCAGAAAGAGAUGGUAGUGAGGAUCCAGCAACCACCCCAUUUCUGGAGAUUGCAGAUCAGAAAGGCAACCCCAUCCACAUCCCGGUCCGUGAGAAAAAGGCACUCGUCCUAGCCAUGGGUUUCCAUGAGAAAGGCAGAGCCUUAAUGAAGAAGAAGGAAUAUGAUGAAGCUCUCUGUCACCUGCUUUUAGCAGACGAGCAGUUCAGUAAAUGCGGUUCUGUGCUGUUGAAAACGGUGGAUAACUUCGCAGUGCUGCAGCUGGACAUUGUGUGGUGUUACCGUGCUCUGGAGGCACUGUCCUGUCUUAAUGACUGCAAACAGAGACUGCAGAAAGCUGAGAAUUGCUUCCUCAAAUGCUAUGGAGAAAAUCAGCAGAGACUGGAGAAAAUUAAGGGGAAUACAGGUGGAGAGGAGGUUCUGUUUCUCAGGCUGUAUAUCCUUCAGAGUCUGCUGGCGUACCUGGAAGGCAACGGGAAUCAAGCUGUGAAGAAACUCAAGCAGGCUGAGGAGCUUUACAGUCAACUGUGUCUGGACCCAGAGAAGAUGACCGAGCUGCUGAGUAUGGGCUUCACAGAGCAGGAUGCUCGCCUGGGCCUGAGAGCCUGCAGAGGCAACUUGGAGGCAGCUGUGACGCACAUCACUUACAGGACAGAGGAGCGGAAUAAGAUAAAGCAGAAGGAGAGAAAUUCGAGAAGGAAGCGUCUGGAAGACAUCAACACCCUUGUCGAGCUUGGCUACAGCAAGAAAGCAGCAGCCCAGGCCCUCCAUAAAACCAAAGGAGAUGUGGAUGAAGCCUACAGGAUUCUGCUGGAUUUGUAUGAAGCCAGCAGCUCUGGGAUCCCUCAGCCAGACACAGACAGACAGACUAAAGUGGAUCAGCUUGUUUACCUGGGCUUCCAGAGGGAGGAAGUGGAAACGGCUCUGAGGUUGGUGGGAGACGAUGUAGCUCAGGCCACUGAGAUGCUCCUAAAUAAUCAGGGUGUUAUUCCUGUAGAGCUACACUCACCAUCAGCUCCAUCCUCCUCGUCAGAAGAAGCCAGCACCUCAUCAGAGGAUGUCACAGCAUCCGGGUCGAGCGCCUCUGAUACUGAGCUGGUGAAUGAGGUUUUGGAGUACAUUCCCAGACAUGAAGAGGAUUACUUGGACGUGACUCUGGAGGAGGAGAGUGAGCUCAUUGCUCUAAUGAAGUCUUAUCUGGAGAAGAGCUCUGCACACUCCCACUAAAGAGCUGCUCAGAUGUGCUUUCUGCAGGUGUGUGAGGUCAGUUUAGUGUGUAAGGUUAGCUAACAUUAGCGCCAGAACGCUGAGUCUGGAAAGUACUUUGCAAGUUUGAGUUUUGACUUUCUCUCUACUUAAUUUUUCUUUUACAUUACAGUAACAGUUAAUUUUUGACAUGAAUGCUGAAAGGAAAAAGUCCAGAAAUAAUGUUUGUUUAUACAGAUUGAAAGAGAGAUCCUUACUUUUGAAUGAAGCAUUGCAUGUCUAGCAAUUUUAGUUGGAUUUAUCACUGAUCAAAUGGAGUAUAUUUGAGUUUUAUGCUGAAAAAUACAUGCUUUCAUUUUCAGUCAUCUUUAAUCUUAGAAUGUUCCUUAAAAUCUCCAACGUUGUCCCAUUUUUGUUAAACGGGCAAUAAAUUGACAAGCUUUGAUUUUCUAAGUGUGGUGUUCUUUUCAAACUUACAAUUCAUUCCUUUCAAUUAAUUACAUUUAUUUUUGUCAUCAGUCUCAUGAAUGAAACUAAAUAAUGAGCUGUAAUUUCUCUUGCGUCACCAUUUAUAUUGUAAUUAAAGUAAUUUAAAGAACACAUUUCAGAUUUAAUGAUAUGUUAUUGAUUAUUUGCAAAUGCCAAAUCAGAUUGUUGUCGUCGUUGUUUGAGCUCAAAGUCGAUUUAGUGUGCUAUGACUGUAAGUAGUGUUAUUUUAAUCAUAUGAAAUAGUGGUAUUUGUAUGGAAAAGCUCUUAUAUUCUCAUUUAAUACAACAUAAUGAGACACAGACACACAUUUAAUAAAAUACUGUCUUUUUGUUGUCGUA